ACAAAUGAAUGCUCAAUUUCUUGCUCUCAUAUCAACAUGAACAACAAAUGAAAACCAGACAAUUAGUAGCACAUCGAUGAAGUUCUAAUGGAGGACAAGACAGCAAGUAUAAGAGCAGUUGUGAUAAUCACGGGCCUCAUCGUCGUUAUCAUCGUUGCUCGUUUAUCGUUGAAACUUUCCAGGGCUUUCUUCCUCAUUGCAGGGGCGGAUAUCGCGCUAAUCCUUGCAGUAUUCGUAUGUCUUGUGAUCCGAGAGUGUUACAAUCGCAGGCGAAAGUUGUUAGAGAAACGAUUGGUAUCCGAAGGUCGAGAGCUUCGAGUUGAGUACAGUUUUCUCCGAAAAGUUGCCGGAGUUCCAAUAAAGUUUAGGCUCAAGGAGCUUGAGGAUGCAACAGAUAAUUUCCGAGCACUGUUAGGCCAAGGUGGAUCGGCUUCGGUAUUCAAAGGUAUACUUAGCGACCGCACUUCAAUAGCGGUGAAGCGAAUCGAUGGAGAGGAGCAUGGAGAAAAGGAGUUUAGAUCAGAAGUUGCGGCGAUUGCGAGUGUACAACAUGUAAACCUUGUGCGUCUUGUAGGGUACUGUUGUCUUCCUAGAGGGCCUAGGUACCUUGUAUAUGAAUUCAUCCCGAAUGGUUCAUUGGACCAUUGGAUAUUCCCCGGAAACCGAACGAAAAACCACCCCAGAGGUUGCUUGUCAUUCGAUUUGAGGUAUAGGAUUGCCAUUGAUGUGGCCAAGGCACUUUCUUACAUCCAUCACGAUUGCCGGUCGAAAAUAUUACACCUUGAUCUGAAGCCCGAAAAUAUACUUCUGGACGAGAACUAUAGAGCGAUCGUGGCGGAUUUCGGUCUUUCAAAGCUAAUGGGGAAAGACGAGAGCCGAGUUAUUACCACAAUCAGGGGUACUAAAGGUUAUUUGGCCCCGGAAUGGCUCUUGGAGCUCGGUGUUUCGGAGAAAUGUGAUGUCUAUAGCUAUGGGAUGGUGCUUUUGGAGAUGAUUGGCGGCCAAAGGAAUGUUACUGUGAUUGAAAAUGGAAGUAAUAAAUCCCAAAGGAAAUGGCAGUAUUUUCCUAAGAUUGUGAGGGACAAACUUAGGGAAGGGAAAGUAAUAGAAGCCGUUGAUCGUAGGCUAGUUGGAGUGGGAGCUGUUGAUGAGAGGCAAGUUAAAAGAAUGGUUAAUGUAGCUUUGUGGUGCAUACAAGAGAAACCGGGACUAAGGCCUAGCAUGGCACAUGUGGUCGAGAUGCUCAAAGGGCGUGUGCCGGUGGAGGAACCACCCGAUACGCAAAUGAUUGUCGUCGAUUUGUUGUCGAUAGAUGGCGAGGAGUCCGGUCUUCAACUGGGGCCAAAAAUUGCUGCAAUGGGAUUGGAUUGCUGCGACAUCCCCAGCUCAUCUUCAUCUUCAUUUGCAAUGUCUAUGUUAUCAGGACGGUAG